AUGGCCGAAGAGAAAACCGCCAAAGAAGUGGAGUCUUGUGAUAAGGUCGACGAGAACCACAAAAGCAGCAACAAUAUUUUCACAUUAGUAUGGUGUGUCAUUGGAAUAUAUUCAUCAUUUCUUUCAUGGUCUUAUUUCCACGAAAGAGUAUCUCUGACAAAAUAUAAUGGUGAAAAGUUUCAGGCACCACUAUUUAUCCAAUUGGUUCAGAAUUUUUUUGCCUUUAUCAUUGGAUUAAUAUACUUGAACUACAAAUUUUCUAAGAAAGAAAAGAUUAUCAAAGAGAAUGACAAAUCUGUCCAGAGUUUUAGCUCAUAUCUUUUGGAAUUUUAUCGUGACAAAGACUUGAUCAACACUUUGCUAAUGGUAUCAAUUACUCAAUCGAUCUCCACCCCAGUAGGCAACUCUUCUUUAAACCAUAUUGAUUUUGUCACGUAUUUAUUAGGGAAAUCUUGCAAAUUAAUACCGGUUUUGAUCAUCCAUACUUGUCUUUAUAAAAGAAAGUUCCCACUUUACAAAUACUUGAUAGCGGUGAUCAUAACAUUCGGGGUAUUUCUUUUCUCUUAUAAGAAACCCAGCGCAGUGGCUAUCGCAACCGAAGGCAAUUCUCUUCUAGGCAUGGGCUAUCUUUUCUUGUCAUUGAUAUUAGAUGGGUUGACCAAUUCCACCCAAGAUCAAAUGUUUAGAAAAUUCACCAAAAUGACUGGUAUUCAUUUGAUGGUUAGUCUAAACUUCAUUUCUUUAUUCCUUGUCUUAUUUUAUUCCAUCGUUAUUACCGACCAACUAAGUCGCUCCAUUGAAUUCAUUUCUCAAUACCCUGAUGUGUUUUAUAACAAUAUUUUAUGGUACGCCAUCUGUGGCUCCAUUGGCCAGAUUUUCAUCUUUUUGACAUUGGAAAGUUUCGAUUCAAUGAUCCUUAUCACCAUCAACGUCACCAGAAAAAUGUUCUCUAUGAUUCUAAGUUUAAUCAUUUUUAACCAUCCUUUGAAUGGUACCAAAGUCUUGGGGAUUUUCUUAGUAUUCUUUGGGAUUAGUCUAGAAUCUUAUAUUAAGUUGAAACAAAAAAAGACUCCUAAAUAA